AUGACGGCCACUAUCACGGCUGGCAUGGCACUGGUCGCCUUCAAACUGUCAGGCCACGAUACGUUCCAAGCAACCUACAAACGCAACUACCUACCGAUAGGUGCCUUCACUGCACUGGCGUCCGAAUCCGCCGUAGAACCAGAAGACGCGGAAACCGGUGUGGAGCUUGUAGAGGCGGACGAGCAUGGCGACUACACCCUCACCAGCGUUGUACAGAACUACACACAGCGUGGAGUGGAGCUGAGCGGCUUGGACUGCAGCGCCUACAGCAUCGCAUCCAACUUCGAGCCCACCGCCGCUAUGGCGUCCCCUGCACCAGCUGGCCCAUCUGCAGAACAGCUGCCCACGAGCCCGAUGUCGACCAUACCUCCCAAGAAUGUGGCCUUCCAACCAACGCACCCGCUGUAUCUGACACACGUUCUUCAUCGCCUGGCGCAGCCGAGGUACGUUCUGCUGGGCGGUGCGCUGCCCCGCCGCCCGCAAGAAGGCAGCACCACCGCAGCCGCCGUCGCCUACUACGCAUUUGUCUUAGGCAUCUUCAAGGCUCAUCGCGGCCAACCGGUGGCUGCCGAUCAGACGGUGAAAGAGGCGUACAAUGCAUGGUGGAUGGACCUGGGAUCCACCGAGGCAGGCCGAUUGUACAGAGCCUGUGUAAGUGUCCUGCUAGACAACAUCGAAGCAGAGCACCUCGCCAGCGCCCGGCGCCAGGCCGACUACAACUUGCGACGCCGCCAGCGCCGCGCCACUGCUGCAACUGCCGGUCUGGCCCCGGACAACAGUUCCAGCGACCCGGAUGAUGACGACCCGGAAGCUGCACGAGGCCGCCUCGAACCCGACCCCGCCACACAGCCGCCGCAAGAUGAUCAGGUCGAACGGUACGACUUUGUACCAGGCCAAGGCGACCCGACGCUAGGAAUCAACCUGUCCGAUGUCGCCCUGACGGACCUGUAUGACCGCACCACAGUGGAGGGCCUGUACGCAUACGGUGCAGCUCGGCGUUGCCGUGUACUUCCUCUUCCCAAUGCCCUCGGUGCCAACACCAACCCCUUCAUCCGCCGUGUACGCACCACUGACAUCCCGCUGCUGAGCGAGGCUUCCAAGCGCCUGAAGCGCUACCUAGUCAUCUCCGAAGGCACCGCCACCAUGCCGACCACGACGGACCACACCCCCCAUCUUCGUUUGGAUCGCCACCCCGGCUACCCCCUCGUAGCGGUCAUCGUGACCGACACCCAGCAAACCAACCAUAUCACAGCGGGAAUGCCAACUUACCUACGUCUACCACAGCCACCGAGCAUCGACGACACCAUCGAGCUCUUUACCCUGGCGCCGGAUCAGGCCGUACCAUUCAUGCUCAUGGCACGUUAUUUCGACCGCCGCAACGAACCUGAUCCAGGCGUCCCGCCGCAGAUGCUCAUCAUGGGUCCUCCGGGCACGGGCAAGACUCAGUUCGUACACGCUCUACUGUGGUACACGUAUCAGCAUGACAGUCCUGACUGGGCCGCCACAUGUGCAUACUCCUGGGCUGCCGCGAUCGCCUUCAACACCCCAGUACACCGCAGCCUAUCGACCCACUCCAUGUUCGGCAUCUCAGCCAGUCAAAGCGGCUCCCGUGGCGCCAACCUUCCCAAGCGCGGCGCCCACGCCGGCCUUCAGGUCAAGCGCAACGUCGGUGAUGGGGCCGUCCUCAUCGACGAAAUUGGCAUGCAAAGCCACGAGCACCUCGGCGCCAUCAGCCACUCCUGUACAGCCAAUGUGCCGCCUCCACCACACCUUGGACCCGCCCAUCCCAGCAGCCGUGUCUUGUCCGGUCGCGUUGCUGGCGGAAUCGGCGACCUGCUGCAGCAUCCUCAGCCAGGCGGGUCGCCGCCAUACCGCUACGCCGCCAACGUCGAACAAAACCCCCAGUUCAGUCCCUCGGCACCGUCAGCACAGUGCUGGCCGGCCUCGGUUGACGAACGUGGAGGUGACCAUGCUGACGGCAGCAACAAUGACGGCAGUGAUGCCGAUGACGACACCGGCAACCGUCACGCCACCACCUCCACACGUCACACUCGUCGCCCCGUGCCACAAACGCACACCCGCCUACACGACGGCUUCAACCUGUACCGUCAGCUCGGCGGCACCGUAUUCAUGCUGCAGAAACAGCAGCGGCAAGACAACAGCCCAUCUGGCCAGCAGCUUACCCGCUUCACAACCAUGUUCGGCGGCAUUCAACCCACUGAAGCACGUGUUGCAGAUCUAGUAGACGCACUCAACCAACGCGUCAUCACAGAUUUGUCCGAUCUCACAGACCUCGAACCCCGUGUCGUGCUGCAACGGAACGAACCCAGGCACGCGCUCAACACACGCCUCCUGAUGCUCCAGGCGCGCCGCAAAGGAGCGCGUUUGGUCAGCUGGAACGCGGACCACGUCCCGGUUAGGCAACAUGGCGCAACCCAACAACAGCCGCUCUCCCACGUCGAAAAGGCUGUCGCAAUGCGAGUAAAAGACGCCACCUUCGACCACACCACCGCCGACACUUGGUACUACGAGGGUGCACGCUACACCCUACUCGACACCACUGCUGCCGACGCUGGCGCGUGCCACAACAAUGAAGUCGAGGCGUGUGGCCUGCUUACCGACAGCCGUGAACCGCCCGACGACGGCCGCGGCCCGUACUGGCGCCUCCACUACCUACCUGCAGCCGUCUUGGUCCGUCCCAUUAAAGGGCACGCGCCCAAAGCGGUGCUAGCAGACUUAGCGGACUUCGCAGCCAAAGGUGCUGCCUUCGCCAUCGUACCACGGCCCUCGCCGGCGGCAAACAUCACCGUGCCAGCCGCCAACACCGGCACCGCCACCAAAAAUGUACGUCGAGUCAAUGUACCGCUUGGUGACUACUACGCCGUCACCGACUACUUCGUACAGGGCCGUAGCUUCAAGGAAGAAUGCUGGGUCACGGACCUUUCCGUCCCGCCCGGUGGCCUCAAGCGUGCAACCAUGUACGUGUUGCUCACCCGCUACAAAACACUCGACCACAUCCGCCUCCUGCGCCCGCUCUCUACCACACCCGACGAACGAGCACGAGUCGUCAAACAGUUCAUGGCAGCAACCAAGCUGGACCCCGACCUGGCGGCCGAACUCCGCCUCCUGGAUCGCCGUGCAACCGAAACCCGUGAACGCUAUACCACCGAGUACAAACACGCCAGAAACCUUGAGGAGCGUUGGACCUCCGCAGCCAACACCACCUGA